UGCUGGUGGGCGCACCACUCGGCCAGAAUCUGCAGCCCGGUUCGAACCAUUCCGGUGCGCUGUACCGGUGUCCGAUUACGCUUGCCUCGAACGACUGCACGCAGGUCAUCACCGAUGGUCACCGGACGAUAUUAUCAUGACUCAACGCUGUUUUUACCCCUCCGUUUUAUUGCUAAAAACAACGCUGUAACAGUAGCAGAACACAGCUCCGGUUACACGCGACGAGACGGCGCCUCCGAAUCAAGGAAACGCAGAAAUUUAAUGUUUUCCCAAACUCUCAAGCAGCGCAGGCAUCCUCAACAUUCAAAACUUCAAUCAAAAUCCGUAUCCGAAGCAAGCCUGGAUAAUAAUAACAUACUUCAGGGGCCACGCACCGGCACCAAAUUCAAUCUAACGUUGAGUUCUUGGUUCUACAAGAACCAACAAAAAAAAAACAAAGAAACAAUCUCCUCCAAAUAGGAGGACUUCUUGCAGCUGAGUAACCGUUUGGCUAUUAUUGGUCCCAUAUCCACUUGAACCGCGAUGGGAUGAUCUCAUCGUUAACCUAGUGAAGCAACAGCAGCACCAGCAACUCAUCUUCAUCAUCGCUAUCCGUACCGGAUUAUUUCCAGAUGUCUUCGAAACGUGUGCAUCCCAAUAAUUUCCCCCCCGGGGGGAGAAACAUGCACCACACAGCAAAGGAAUAUGUGGUAUUGUUAUUGUUUAAUGUAUAUAUUUAUAUUAAAAUUCCUCCUAAAAGCCUCAAAGCCGAUCAUUAAAACUGUGGCUGCUGCUGCUGCAUCCGUGUGCAUCCUCUAUGCAAAAAAAAACCCCGGUCACAAAGGCAUGGUUUCGCGAAACUCGCCUUGAACGUGUUGUUUUUAUUUCUCUUACGUACAUUUCCGUUUAAAUUCAUAAUGACAAAUGCUAGGCAAACAGUUUGCACAUUUUGGUUGGGGGGCGACUCACCACGAACGCACGAUGUGUGCCCCCGUGGAGAAGGGGACGUUUUAUGUUUCUUCGUUACAUGAUGCCAUGAGACCUUCUCACCUUCAACGUCUGCUCUCACUGCCUGCGAAUGCGGGGGGAACACUGUUUUGCUAUGCUCGCUGCCCUUAAGGAAUGUGCCUAAGUAGAAGCGUUCUCUCGCCUCGUACGCGUAUACGCGAACAAUAGAGAAUUUAAAGGGUUAUGUACAGUGGAGUAAGCGGACGGCCCGGUGGUGCAUGUAAUAAACGGUGCCGGUCCACACAGCAAGACCGAGUUCAAAUCCCAUCCCGACCGUUCCCCCGCAGCAAAGAAUGGCUAUCCGGCUACGUGGUAAAAUAAGUCUAGUAAGCCAGAAAUGGCCAGCGUUUACCUGUAAGGUCGUUUAAGCCAAGAAGAAGAAGAAGAAGAAACUGAGUAAAAGUGAGUGAGUGAGUUUAAUCCGUGCAUAAGGAGUUUAUGGUUUCAACUCAGCAUAACGGAAUUUUUAUGAUUCUUUUACUCACUCUCUCUCUCUCUCUCUCUCUCUCUCUCUCUCUCUCUCUCUCUCUCUCUCUCUCUCUGUCGAUUAAUGACUCACUCCUUGGUGUUUUUACUCACUCACUCUAUCUGUGCCGACUAACGACUCACUCUUUCUAGGAGUAAUUAUAACUCAAAAAAUAAAUUUUAUUUCAUAAAUUGUAACAUAUGUUUUGUUGAAAUUAAAUACAGUUUGACGCCAAAAAAAAAUUACAGCCAGUCAUGAAAUAAAAAUUUUUGAAUAAUUACAUUCAAAUUAAUUACCUUUACACAAAAUUGUAGCGAUUUAAAUAAUAAUAAUUUAAACCACUGCAGUAGAGUGAUUUAAAUCCCAAAAAGAGUAACAAAACACUUACUCACUCUUAUUGCGUGUGUUGAAACGCAGAAAAGAGUGAGUCAUUAGUCCGCAGAAAGGGAGUGAGUGAGUGAAAACCCCAAGGAGUGAGUCACUAGUCGGCAGAGAAAGAGAGUGAGUAAGUGAAAACGUCAAGGAGUAAUUAAAGCACUAAAUUAAAGAGUAAUCAUUUUAUGACUCUCAAAAGAGUGAGUAAAAGAUUCAAAUCCUUAUAACCACUCUUCCGCUCUCUUUCAACUCUCUGAAAAGAGUUAGUAUUCUCAUCUCUAAUGUGAAACAUUAAUGCUGUGGGAUUAGAAAGAUGCCAAAUGCUUUCGGGUUCGUGCUUAAAAAGAGAUUUUUUUUAGAUGCUUCUUGGAAUCAGCUUAGCUAAUUGGAAUUUUAUUGCCCUACAUUACAUCGUAUACUGUCCUUUUUCAUCUCCUCCCCCCCCCUUUUUUUCUUCAAACACCCAAGCACCCACCGGAAAGUACGUUCCCUUUCGCGAUGCGUACAGUAAGCCGGACGAUAUUGAUGAUGAGGAUGGUACGGGUGACUCAGAUAACCUUCACGAGCAUCGGCUAGAGCCGCCCGGAAAGGAUGAAAUCAAGAACAACCAGUGGUUGGGUGUGACGGUGGAAACCGGUGGCCAGGAGAACAAGAUCUUCGUCUGUGCUCAUCGUUACAUUAAGAUUAACAAUCCCCAGUCGCUGGCGUACGCAGCGUCCGGACCCGGUUCCACCGGGCUGUAUCUCGGUCAGGGCGUUUGCUACGUGCUGAAUGAAGAUUUUUCCUUCGGUUUCGCGGUCGAGGUUUGCCGUGGCCGGUCGAUCGAGCGCGAACAUCAGCAGUACGCUUUCUGCCAGUCCGGCACGUCCGGUGCGGUCCUGCCGGACGGUACCGCCCUGAUCGGAACGCCCGGCGCAAUGACGUGGAAGGGCACACUGUUUAACGUAGCGAUCGAGGGCGGCUUUCUGUCGCGUGACAAAUUUCAGUACUUCGCACCGCACGACAAUCUGCAUUCGCCCGUACCGAACUACAGCUAUCUCGGCAUGUCCGUCACCGGUGGUCGAUUUUUCGGCGAGUACAUGGCGUACGCGGGUGGUGCCCCACGGGCCGCGCAGGGUAACGGCGAGGUCGUUAUCUUUGCGAACCGUUACAAAAAGAAUCCAUUCGAUCAUGUCGUUUCGUUGCGCGGCGAACAGUUUGGUUCCGGGUUCGGCAGUACGCUCGCUUCAGCGGACAUCAACGGUGAUGGACGGCUUGAUUUGCUGGUGGGUGCACCGAACUAUUUCAACCGUACAGAUGGUGGUGCCGUAUACGUCUACCUAAAUCGUGGCAGCAGCUUUGUGCAGCAGUACGAUCAACGGUUGACGGGCCGGCUAGAGUCACGGUUCGGUACGGCCAUUGCUAACUGUGGCGAUCUGAACCAUGACGGGCUGGAUGAUAUUGCGAUCGGUGCACCGUACGAAGCAUCCGGCACCGGUCGGGUGUAUAUCCAUUUUGGCACGAAAGAUGGCGCACUGUCACCGGAACCGGUACAGACGAUCGAUCCGACCGAGCUGUUUGCGAACGGUGGCCGUACGUUUGGGAGUUCGCUUGCCGGGGGUCAUGAUCUGGAUGGGAACUCUUACCCGGAUCUGAUCGUUGGGUCGUACGCUAGCGAUCGGGUGAAUGCAUUGUUCGCCCGACCGAUCAUUAAUAUCCGUACGUACGAAGAGCAGCAACCGAUCGAACCGUCCUCUAUCGAUCCGACGCGUAUCGGGUGUACGAGCGAUCCGACAGCAAACGUCACGUGUUUCACCUUCCAAGCGUGCAGUGCGGUUGAUGAUGCAUCAUUAAACGACGGUGACGUGAUGGCCGAUUCAACGCUUCAGCUACGCUGCACCAUACAGGCGGAAACGUUCUUGAAAGAGCGAAAAUUUUCGCGCGUUUAUUUCGGCACGGGUGUAACGCCACCCGGCGGUAACGAGACGGGCAGUAACGCAGCAUCCUUAUCCCGCACGAAUAUUCUCCGCCGACGGUUCCGGCUGGCAGUGAAUGGGAAGCCGGUAUGUCACGAAGUGACCGCCUAUCUGAAGGAAGGUACACGUGACAUACAGAACCCGAUCCAGUUCCGCAUCAGCUACACGCUGGACGAGGAGCGUGAACAUGGCCGCGGGGGUGGACGGGCCCGUAGCCGCAUGGAGCGUGAUCUGCCCCGGUUGGAACCGAUCCUGAACCGGACCGCAGCCGAACGGACGUUCACCAUGCCGUUCCAGAAGGAUUGCGGAACGGAUGGGAUCUGCCGGUCCGCGCUUGCCAUCCACAGUGCGGCCGUCGUUGGAUUAACCCGCGGUCAAUCGGGUAGUGAGGCCGGAAACGACUAUCAACUGGUGGUUGGACUCGAUCGCACACUAACGCUAGCACUCACCGUCCAGAAUAAGGCCGAUUCGGCGUACGAAACACACCUUUAUGUGGUGCAUGAUUCCUCCCUCACAUAUGCCGGUUCGAAGGGUUCGUCAGUCUGCGGUGCACACAAUGCAACGGUGGUCGACUGUAGUAUCGGCAACCCGUUGAAGCGGAACGGUGAGGUGCAGCUGUCGCUACGGUUCGAUGCCCGUUCGCUCGAGGAGUACGGUUACAGCAAUGGACCGAACGGUAUCACGCAUACGGUCGGUAUGGCAGUGUUCGUUAACACUACGUCGCAGGAUACGGGUUCGAAGACGCGCACCGCCCUGAACCUACACAUACAGCGUGUGGCGAAGGUUAGCAUGAGUGGCAAAGCGCUGCCGGAACAGGUGUUCUACGGUAGUGGUGAUGCGCAGGUGAUGGGUGAGAGUGCGAUCCAUUCGCUGGAUGAAAUCGGCAUGUCUGUCGAGCACAAAUAUCAGAUAUAUAACGACGGUCCAUGGCGGGCACCAUACGUACGGUUGGAAAUUGAUUGGCCGCUGCAGGUAGCAAACAAUAAGCCACAGGGCAAGUGGUUGCUGUACCUCGACGCCCUACCAAUGCUAGACAUGUCCGGCAUUAUGGGUGACGGGCGAAGUCCCUGUGAAGUGUUGCCCAAAAACGAACCGGACGGUGCGGUCGUGCCGAGUAAUGCUGCAUCGCUGGUCAAUCCGCUCGGUCUUCCGGACGGGGCGGGCAGUACCGCACGCUCACAAAUGCGCUCCAACUACACGCAAAUGCGUGCCCAACGUAUGCGGCGUGAUCGGGCAAUGGUGUUGCGGCCCCAAACUACGGACGGUGCGGUACAGAUGGACUGUGCCAGCCAAACAGCAAAGUGUGUACGUAUCGUGUGCAAAAUCCACGACCUUGGUCCGAAAGCGCACGCCCUCGUUACGGUGACGGCCCGGCUGUGGAAUGCAACGCUGGUCGGUGACUAUGCGCACGUCGAUCUGGUCCGGAUCGGUUCGAACGCCCGGUUCACGGUGGAGGGUUUAGACGAGCUGGUGGACCAGUCGCAGCAUCCCACCAGCCUUACCGUGCGCACCGAAGCCUUCCCCGAGAUGGGACCACCGAUCGUAGCAAUGAAUGUGCCAUGGUGGAUCAUACUACUAGCGGCGAUUGCCGGCCUGCUUGUCCUCAUUGCCGUCACCUACAUCCUUUACCGGUGUGGAUUCUUCCGCCGGAAGCGUCACACCGGUGAGGAUCCGACGCUCAGCGGUAAUUUGGAACGGCGCCGCGAUCCGACCGGUGGCGCUUACGAUGAACUGAACGACACGAACGGUAGCGGAGGGGGAACGGCUGAAAGGAAACCGUUCCUCGGUCGUCGCUCUUGAAACAAACGACCCGCGGGGGGGGAUUUCCGUGCUUGUGGCGUGAUCACCACCAGACUGCAGAGCAUUCUAUUGUGCCAUUUUCUUAUAAAAAAAACACUCCCUCUUCCUCUCUCACUCUCUUUUUUCCCCAAGCUCCCAUUUUACCCCUUAUUGUAAUACGCGGUAAAGGUAGAGGGAAGGGGGGGGGG